AUGAUCGGCGAAGGCUCCUUCGGGCGCGUGUACAAGGGGCGCCGGAAACACAGCGCCCAGGUGGUGGCCUUGAAGUUCAUACCCAAGGUGGGGCGGUCUGAGAAGGAGCUGAAGAACCUGCAGCGGGAAAUUGAGAUCAUGAGGGGCCUCCAUCACCCCAACAUCAUCCAGAUGCUCGACAGCUUUGAGACUGACAAGGAGGUGGUGGUGGUGACUGACUACGCAGAGGGGGAGCUCUUCCAGAUCCUGGAGGACGAUGGGAGUUUGCCCGAGGACCAGGUUCAGGCCAUAGCUGCCCAACUGGUCUCUGCUCUCUAUUACCUGCACUCCCACCGCAUCCUGCACCGCGACAUGAAACCCCAGAACAUCUUGCUGGGCAAAGACGGCGUUGUCAAGCUCUGUGACUUCGGGUUUGCCCGUGCCAUGAGCAUCCACACCAUGGUGCUGACCUCCAUUAAGGGCACCCCGCUGUACAUGUCCCCUGAGCUGGUGGAGGAGCGGCCAUAUGACCACACGGCAGACCUGUGGUCUGUGGGCUGUAUCCUGUACGAGCUGUUUGUGGGCACUCCUCCCUUCUACACCAGCAGCAUCUUCCAGCUUGUCAGCCUCAUUGUCAAGGACCCCGUCAAAUGGCCCGAGUCCAUAAGCCCAGUCUUCAAGAGCUUCCUGCAGGGACUGCUAAUGAAGGACCCCCGCCAGCGCCUGUCAUGGCCGGAGCUGCUCUCUCACCCCUUCAUUGCUGGACGGGUUACUGUGAUUGAUGACAUAGAAGAGCACGGGAUCUCAAACCCCUUCACCACGAAACUGUCCCCGGAGCUGCAGGCCCUGAAGGAGCAGCAAGCCCAUUCCCUGGCCCCCAGGAGUGGCCAGUCCAGGAUCCUGAGAAAGGCCCGUCAGAAGAUGGCUGAGGAGGCACAGAAAAAGGGGAAACUGAAGGCAGGUGAUGCAUCUACGAAGGACUCUGGCAAAGGCUGCCCAGGGCAUAGACCCAGAGAAGCUCCUGGGAAGGUAGCCCUUGUGGAGGGGGAGCCACUGGCUGCCUCCAAAGAGAAGAACCCCAGUGUCCUGCAAGGAAAGAGCAGCACGGCAGAGUGGGAGUUGGAGGAGCCUCCACCCAACCCACGGGAGCACAGCAUCACUCAAGACUAUGAACGGGAGUUUUCUGGAGCAAGGGCUCCUCCACAGCCUGGUGCUGGCAGGGCAGAGCCCCAGGGCAGGUGCAGCAUCGAGGCCGUGGACCUGGAGAGUGAGGAGCUGGAGAGCGAUGAGGAGUGGCAGCACCUGAUCGAGGCCACAGAGCCUUUGGCCAUGCAGCUGAGCACGCCGCUGAGCCUCCUGAGGGACCUGGCCUUCCGGCACCGUGUCCAGGCCCGCCUGGCAGAGUCUGCUCAGCAGGUGCUGGAAGGGAUGCUGGAGGGAGCCUCCCGUCUCCGCCCUGUGCUCCGCAUCAUGGGCAACCUCCUGGCUACCCGGUGCGACUCUGAGCUGCUGGACCACUUCUGCCGAGAGCUGAAUGUGCCUCUGUCCCUGCUGUGUCUAGCCAAGCAGAUCCUGGAGAGUGGUAGCACCAAGCAGCAGCCCUGGUGUGUCACGGUGCUGACAGACCUCCUCAUGGUGACUGCAGUUUAUUUCAGCAGUGAAUGCAGCCUGGAGGAGAGUGGGCAAAAGGACAGCCUGCAGGCCUUUCAGGAGUGUGCCGGCUCCUUCCUAGCCCUGCUGCCGGAGCUGCUGGCUGAGCCACCCGACAGUGAGAUGAGACUCUGCCAGCAAAGCCUUCUGUGCUUCACCCUGCUCUGUGAGAGCCUGGAUGCGACAUGCCCUUCCGUCUCUGUCCCCUUCUAUGACAGCCUGCGAGAGGAGCGUCAGCCCCUGCUAAACAGACUCCUCCAGGGAUCCAUCUCAGAGCAGCCUGCUGUGCAAGGUACAGCGAUGGAGGCCAAGUCAGCCCAUGACCAGAGCCUAUGUGUGGCAGACCUCUUCAUGGCUGCAUUGGCUGCUGCCUGCAGCAUUCCCCUGGAGAGGAACAGCUGUCGGGAAGCCAAGCAGCAGGUUGCUCGGGAGGUAGCCGAAAAGCUUAUGGAAGGAGAGAGCCAGCAGCUUGGGAGGCUGCUGGGGAGACUGGAGCACCCAAGCUGCUCCUUGAAUGUGCUCAAGAUCCUCUACGCUGGCUGCCCUGCCAGCCCGAGCCUGUGCCAGCACCUGGGAAGGAGCCAGCGACUGUGGGGUUCCCUCAUGCAGCUCUCGAAAGGCAAGGUCCCCAUGGUGGAGGUGGCCCAGGGGGCAGCCUGCGAGGCCUCACUGUAUCUGCUGGCCCUGCUCACCCUGCAGCUCCAAACCUCCCCUCCCAGGCUUGAGGAGGUGGUUACCCUGGCCACGGACCUCAUCACCCAGUCUCCUGUUGUCUCCCUUGUGGGUGCUGCAGCAUUCCUCCUGACACAGCUCAGUCAGCAUGGGGUGGCCUUGGAGCUCGGGGGAGAAGAGAUCCUACCGGUGGUGACAAAUGCGCUGACAGCACCUGCUGAGGUACGGGAUGGGGACGGAGGAAUAGGGGAGCUGUGCUGUCACCCCGCAGUGGAGCUCCUUGCCCAGGAAGACGUGGCUGUGGAGCAGGACUUUUCUGCCUCAGAGCUGUGGAGCGUGUUAUGGCAUUGUGUUGCUGUGGUGCUUCGCGUGGGCAGCGACAGGGCAGUGCUGGAGGGAGACACCCCAGGGGCAGGACAUCCUGCGGCAGAGCCGGACUGGAACCUCCUCUCCCCUCAAGGCACCCUGCUCUUCCUCAGCCUGGCCCUCUUCAUCUUCACUCGCGAGUCCCACCGGUGCCUGCCUCAGCUCACCCAGUCCCACGGUGUCCUCAUGAUGACGCUGAAGAGGUUGCUGUCCCCUGGCUUCCUGGCAUGCCUGGCACAGACGCAAACAGGAGAGGAUGGGGACCCUGAGCUUGUCCCAGCUGUGGUGAUCCAGGCCUGCCAGCUCCUCUGCUUCCCUUUUGCCCUGGCUGUGGAUGGAGACACCUUAGCAUUGGUCAUGGAGGCUGUGAGGGACGCCCAGAUCUCUGCCCAGCUGCUGCAGGUCUGCUCUCACCAUCUGCCCUUCCCGUACACCGAGCUCCCCAUGAGCCUCUUGUGCCACCUCGUUGUGUCUGAUGAGCAGGUCAUCGACCAAAUGGUGAGGACAGCCACUGCCUCGGAGCACAUCAUUGCCUUCUUGACGUCUGCCUUGUUUACAGACAGCCUCACGCUCACAACUGACCUCCUGUCUCUCUUGACCCACGUGGCCCGGGCCUGUCCGGAGCACCUGCCCUUUCUCCAGAGGAUCCUGAGGGGCCUGCUCGGCCACCAGCAACACCAGAUACGGGCCAAAACCUGCAACCUGCUGGGCAACCUGCUCCGACAUGGCCACGGUUUUCCCCAGGUGCUGCAGAGCCAGCCUGGUUUGCUGGAGAGCCUGCUGGGGUGCCUGUCGGACCGGGAGGAGAGCGUGCGCAAGGCAGCCAGCUUCGCGGUGGGCAAUGCCGCCUACCAUGAGUCCUCCCCGGCCGGGACCCUGGGCAGGGCCGUGCCCAGGCUGAUGCGGCUGCUGAGUGACGUGCAGGCCAGGACGCGCUGCAAUGCGGCCUCAGCUCUGGGCAACCUGGGCUCGCGAUCGGCAGAGCUGGGGGACCUGCUG